AGGGAAUCUCUAGGACAAACUAUGCAAGCAAAGCUAAAGAGUCUUCAUUUCUUUACCUUUCCCACAAAAACCAUCACUUCAACUUAAGCUUAGUAGAGAGGUAGCUAGGAAAUAAACUAUGGGUUCAGGAAAUGGAAAUAAUGGAAAUAAUAACAAUUUCCUCUAUGUUGUAGCAAGUAACUUUGAUGUCCUUGCUGGGCCAUUAGUUGCGCUUGUUUAUCCUCUAUAUGCUUCAGUUAAAGCGAUUGAGAGUGGUUCGAGAGCAGAUGAUCAACAAUGGCUAACUUAUUGGGUGUUGUAUUCCUUAAUUACCAUCUUUGAGCUCUCCUUUGCCAAAGUCCUCGAAUGGUUCCCAAUAUGGAGUUACGCUAAGCUAUUCUUCACAUGCUGGUUAGUGUUGCCUCAAUUCAAUGGAGCAACUUAUGUUUAUAAGAAUUUCAUUAGGCCUUUCUAUAUGAACCCCCAAAUUAGGACCCCUUCUACCAUGUGGUAUAUACCCAAGACGAAGAACUUAUUCAAUAAACAAGAUGAUAUUUUAUAUGCUGCCGAGAAGUACAUGGAAGAAAAUGGAACCGAAGCUUUUGAGAGGAUCAUUAAAAAGGCCGAUAGAGAAGCAAAAUCAAGGAGGAAACACUACAUGAUAUUUGAAGAGGAUCAUAAUGGAUAUUAUUGAGCAAUAUGACCUUUUGUUAAUUGAUUAGAUGUUCACUUGCAUUAGUCUUAAUUUACUGACUUUGCUACACUUCUAGGGUUUUGAUGUAUAUAUACUCUGUGUAUUUGGUGACCAUAUCUUUGAUUCUAAGUGGUCUUCUUUUUUUCA